AUGUCGCAACAAGCCAGUCCCGCUCGCAGUCCAAACCCACUCCCGAAAAAGGCGCCGAAACCGAAACAGGAGCGUGGAAGUGUCGAAGAGGAUUCGAGUACAAGCUCCCGGGAAGAGGACAGCGAUGAGAGUGGAGAUGACUCGGAACGACCAGUGGCCGACCAAGAAGUUGUUCAAAACGAUCUCCUGGACUCGCUGAUUAUCCGGUUGAUGAAAGCGUCGGCCAAAACGGAGCCGAAGAGGAAGGGAGCCAAGAAAAUGGCCGCUUUGAUUGAGGUGCAAUUGGAGCUGGAAGAGCUCAAAGAAUUGAUCAUAUUGGCAAUCAAGAGCUUUGAAAAGCAAAAGAGUUUGCUGAGAAUUGAAGAGUGAGUCAGAUUUUAUGGGAAUUUUUGUGAAAUUAGGGCGAUUUUUUGAUUUUUUCGAUGAAAAAUGAGGAUCUAAAAGUAUCCAAUUUGAUAAAAUUUGGCGUCAAAGUUGUCGAGAAUUCAUCGAAUAUCUCUGCAAAGACUGCACCUAGAAACUACUCCUAGAAGCCUUAAUUUGAAUUUUUUUCAGGGACACGCUCCCUUUGAUCAUUUGCGCUGACAUCCAUGGCCAAUUUGCCGAUCUCCGCAACAUUUUUCUCCGCUGUGGCCCUCCUCACAUACAAUCUUAUCUGUUUUUGGGUAAGAAAAUUGUAGAAUUUUCAUUACUGCUAAUAAUAUUUAAAAAUUAAAAAAUCUUUUUUAAUGAAAAACUAUCAGAUUUUGAUUGUAAAAUACGUUAGUUGAAAAAAUGUGUUUUAAAUUUGUUCUUUAACCAAUUUUUUCCCCAAAAAAUUUGAUGACUUUAGGUGACUACGUGGAUCGAGGAGUUCAAGGGAUCGAAGUGAUCACUCUGUUACUCGCCUUGAAGAUAAAAUACCCAACGAAAGUUUUUAUGUUGAGAGGAAAUCAUGAGGACGCCAAUACGUGUGCUUCUUACGGGUUCUAUGAUGAAUGUGUUAAUCGGUUUAUGAGCAAAGACAACAAGGUUGGCGAGGAUGUAAGUUGGAUUUUUGGGUAAAAUACGGUGAAUAAAAGGUUAUCAACCACUCUUUGAUUGGUUAAAAGAAGGCAUUCAGAGAUUUCUACAGAGGUUUGGGGCAUAUUGAAAUUUGAAAUUCAAAAUUCCCGCCAAUUUUGGCAUUCUGUUCUGAGCCUUGAUAUUGCCGGGAAAUUUUGUCAAUCUGUCAAAAUUUGAUUUUUAAAAUGGUUGUCUAAAUUAUUUUUAAGUUUUUUACUAAAACUAAGGUAUUUUGAAACAAAGAUUUUGUUAUUCAUGUCCAAUUUACCGAUCACUCUUUAGCUCUAAAAUUAUUAUAAUUUUUACGAUGUGACAUUUUAAUGUUUCACUUUUGACUUGCAAUUUUCAGUUAUGGCAGCGUUUUGUCGGAGUUUUCAAUUGGAUUCCGUUGGCGGCCUUGGUGAAUAAGAAGAUUUUGUGUAUGCACGGUGGGAUUUCCCCGGGUCUGGAGAGUCUACAGUCCAUUGCGGAUGUAAGUACUUGCUACUGCUUUUGUCGCAAGACUUCAAAAUUUUGUUGGAUCGCUUUUGCGGUUUUUGAAAGUUAUCAUGGAUCACUUUUGAUACUUUUUGAUGUUUUUUGCUAUCAGUUAAAAAAAGUGAUUAUUCGGGGUUUUAGAUCAAACGUCCAGCCAUUAUCCCUCCCUAUGGAUUGAUGUGUGAUCUGGUUUGGGCCGAUCCGGAAGAGAAGUUGGAAGGAUGGGCCAUGAAUUCCCGCGGAAUCUCCCUCAGUUUCUCCGAUGAGGUGGUCGAGAAACUCUGCAAACGCCUUGGAGUAGACUUGAUUGUCAGAGGGCAUCAGCUCACAAAGGAAAUGACCAAAAGUGGGCAUAGAUUCUUCUUCCGAGGCCGACUUUUGACCAUUUUCUCGGCUCCCAAUUAUUUGAAUAUGAGAAACUCGGCGUGUGUGCUGAAGGUAUCAAAAAAUGUAAGUAAAAGUUUUAAGUAGAAGAUUUCUACAGCCAUUGCAAUGGGUUCAACUUUAGAAUUUCAAAAUUCCCGCCGUUUUUGGCAUUGUGUUUUAGUUGCCGCUAGAGGCCUAAAACAUAGAUUUAUAAUCAAAUCAAGCCUCCUAGAGGAACUUUUAGCAUUUUUUAAUACGUUUUACAUUUCUUUUGACCUAAAAAUUAUAUUAUCCAUGAGAUCUGGUUUGGAAAAAUGGUCAAAUUUUUGGAUUUUGCCUGUCUUAUGGCAUGAACGAGAAUACAGAAGAUAUUAUGGGAUACUAGAAAUACUCUAGAUGAGGUUUUUUUCCGUUUUCAGUUUUGUAAAUUAUAUUAUCCAUCACAUUUUUGUUUCAGAUGAAAUGCCGCUUCAUAGUGUUCCGAAUCCAACGACGUCGUCGGGCCUGA